UCAGCCAGAACCUGUGAGGUUUGCUGCUAUUGUCUCAGAUACCAGCCACACUCGCUCUUCUCCUGCUUUGCUACACAUACAAUGUCAUCCCGUAGUUCUUCCUCAACUUUCAGAUCCGAGUGUUAUAGCAACUAUAGCCGGCGAUCGUCGGGUGACCCCUGUUUCGAUCAAUACAUAGAUGCAGCACGGAACAUAUUCGAGGAAGAAAUGGAAAAAUCCUCCUUCGGGAAUGGCCAUUUUGCAAGGCCUAGGAAUGAAUCCUUUGGAUACGCAGCUCCAGUAUCUGGGCAUCCAGGAAGCCUUGGAAAUGUCAGAACUAUUGGGGAUACUUACCAAGUUACAGCUGAUGUCAGUCAGUUUGAUCCGGAAGAGAUCGUUGUCACCAUGUACAACUACCACAUAGUCAUCAAAGCAGAAAAGAUGGCUGAAGAUGGGACUGUCAUAAAUACCUUCACUCAUAAGUGUCAGCUCCCUGAAGACAUGGACCCUCUAUCUGUGAGCUGCUCACGGACAGAUGUUGGUAUUCUGACAAUCAAUGUAAGAAGGAGCCGAUUGAAACCAGCAGAAUCUCCACAACCGGUUUAUCGGAGUGAAGUUCAGUUAUAGAUGUAUUAACUCAUACUGGUUCAGUAAUGUUGCCUAAAAAUACAUGAACAUUUCUGUACAACCUUUGCAUUUUCUUUUAACUUUAGAGUUAUUGUAAAGGUCCUAAUUGUGUAGACAAUUCACAGGCUGCUUGACAUUUGGGGGGAAAUACUGAAUUACUUCAAAAAUAUCAUGCAGAAAUAAUUUAAUUUUCUACUAAAUCAAACCAAAUUUGUACAAAUUCACAUUUUGCAGAAAUAUAUAAAGCUGCAUAACAAGUACUAGGCUAAAUUUCAAACUCUUAGGUAAUAUUAAACAUUAUUGCUACUACAGCGCUUAUAAAAUAUUUCAUUUUAUGUUUUCUGCUACUUGUACUGGUCUGCAAUAUAUGUUUAGCUCUAAACUCCUGCUGUUUUUAUUGCAGUUUGAGCUAAAGGACAAAUAAAUUCCAACUUCAACAAAUUUCAGAAAUUCCAAAACUAACUUGACACAACCUGUUCUGGUAUCUGUCCCCCACUUAUCCUUUGCUACAUCGACGACUGCAUUGGUGCUGCUUCCUGCACGCAUGCUGAGCUCGUUGACUUCAUUAACUUUGCCUCCAACUUUCGUCCUGCCCUCAAGUUUACCUGGUCCAUUUCCGACACCUCCCUCCCCUUUCUAGAUCUUUCUGUCUCUAUCUCUGGAGACAGCUUAUCUACUGAUGUUCACUAUAAGCCUACUGACUGUAACAGCUUAGAAGAGGACUAUUCCUCUUCUCACCUUGUCUCUUGCAAAACCGCCAUCCCCUUCUCGCAAUUCCUCUGUCUCUGCCGCAUCUGCUCUCUGGAUGAGGCUUUUCAUUCCAGGACGAGGGAGAUGUCCUCCUUUUUUAAAGAAAGGGGCUUCCCUUCCUCCACCAUCAACUCUGCUCUCAAAUGCAGCUCCCCCAUUUCACGCACAUCUGCUCUCACUCCAUCCUCCCGCCACCCCAGUAGGAAUAGGGUUCCCUACCACCCCACCAGCCUCCAGGUCCAACAUAUAAUUCUCCGUAACUUCCGCCACGCCCAAUGGGAUCCCACCACUAAGCACAUCUUUCCCUCCCCCGACUCUCUGCUUUCUGCAGGGAUCGCUCCCUACGCGACUCCCUUGUCCAUUCGUCGCCCCCAUCCAUCUCCACUGAUCUCCCUCCUGGCACUUAUCCUUGUAAGCCAAACAAGUGCUACACAUGCCCUUACACUUCCUCCCUCACCACCAUUCAGGGCCCCAGACAGUCCUUCCAGGUGAGGCGACACUUCACCUGUGAGCCGGCUGGGGUGAUAUACUGUGUCCGGUGCUCCCGAUGUGGCCUUCUAUAUAUUGGCGAGACCCGACACAGACUGGGAGAUCGCUUCGCUGAACACCUACGCUCUGUCCGCCAGAGAAAGUAGGAUCUCCCAGUGGCCACACAUUUUAAUUCCACGUCCCAUUCCCAUUCUGAUAUGUCUAUCCACGGCCUCCUCUACUGUAAAGAUGAAGCCACACUCAGGUUGGAAGAACAACACCUUAUAUUCCGUUUGGGUAGCCUCCAACCUGAUGGCAUGAUCGUUGACUUCUCAAACUUCCACUAAUGUCCCAUCUCCCCCUCGUACCCCACCUGUUAUUUAUUUAUAUACACACAUUCUUUCUCUCUCUCUCCUUUUUCUCCCUCUGUCCCUCUCACUAUACUCCUUGCCCAUCCUCUGGGUUUCCCCCCACUCCCCCUUUUCUUUCUCCCUGGGCCUCCUGUCCCAUAAUCCCCUCGUAUCCCUUUUGCCAAUCACCUGCCCAGCUCUUUGCUCCAUCCCUCCCCCUCCUGUCUUAUAUCAUUUUGGAUCUCCACCUCCCCCUCCCACUUUCAAAUCUCUUACUAGCUCUUCCUUCAGUUAGUCCUGACGAAGGGUCUCAGCCCAAAAUGUCAACUGUACCUCUUCCUAGAGAUGCUGCCUAGCCUGCUGCUUUCACCAGCAACUUUGAUGUGUGUUGCUUGAAUUUCCAGCAUCUGCAGAAUUCUUCAUGUUUGCAUUUCCUACAGUCGCUUCUGUAUUCAAGCAACAAGGAGAAGGACAGCUCCUGACUUCCUAGAUGCUUUCAGAAAAAUAAUCAUGUAAACAUGAAAAUAUCCAGAGAACCAGUUAAACCUCAAAAUACAUCAGGGUAGGAUGCAACGCUCUCUAAUUGCUGAUGACUUGCACAAUAAAUCAUAGUAAAUUGCUGUGGCUCCUUCCCCCUUCUGCUAUUUCUUUACCAAUCUUGCCGGGAAAACUAGUAAAAGUUGUCCAGGAUGUGGCAAUCUCUGGUUCCUCUCAGAACAUUUCCACAGCUCUGAGUUGAACCGGGAAACUACUGAAGUAAGAAGCAGAAUAUACUUUCUAGCACAGACAGCCCAUCCCAUGAUGGUGCCCCCAUGACUGACCUCCACCUUGACCAGGUUAAUUUUCAAGCUCCCUGCAAUGAGGCUCAAAGUCCUCUAAUCACCCAGAGGCUUGAUCUCCCAGUACUUGACCAUCCUUUCUUCCAGGUCUAUGAUCUUCCUAUAAUGAGUUCCUGAAUCCACAACGCUGCUGAUAGAUCUCUCAGACUCCAACUUUUACCCUCUCCUUGCCCUCAUGCUGAUCAUUGGCCACCUCAUCCUACCCUCAACCCAAUUACAUCCUGUGACCCAAUGGCCGACCUUUACUGUUUCAUUUCCAGAUCCCAGCUACUUAGUUGUCCAUCAAACUCCUUGGUUUGCAAAUUACUUUGAGUCAAUCACAAGGGAUAAGAACUACAUGAGAAAAAUCGUUUUAUUAAUACCACUUCUUUAAAAGUCCCAGAUCUCAGCAGCUCAGUAAUUAACAGCAAAAUAGUACAUUCUGUGCCAGUGUACCGCCUUGGAUCCAAUGACAUUCCUCACUACCAAAGAUCACUUGUUCAAAUUACCAUCA